GGAGAACAUACAACUACAUGCAGAGUAAAGCAGAACACUACAGCAAAUUAGGAACUGUUUGCCUCACAUAUCUCUCACUUUCCUCGCUAUUUCUAGACGACUAAUACUAUAUGCUCUGUGAUUCCUUUUCAGUUUUCACUAAUGCGUCAAAACAAAACAUGGCAGGCACAAGAAGAAUCCUUCUGCAUUUUCACCUUCCAGUCUUCAUAGUAACAUUAUUAUAUUUCUUAAAUAUAAUAAUGCCCCAAAAGAUGGCAGGCCAACUACCCUCAUCGUUCUGCUAUUUAGGAGAGGCUGUGUUACUUUCUUCUCAAACCCAGUUCCCUCAACAAUAUACUCUCUGAUACUAGAUUCUAUACAAUUUAGAUUCAUAUCCAUCCAUUUCUUAUUGGUCAGUCUAAGAUCAAACACUUCAAAAACUCGGUCCAACAAUCUUCUAGUCACCUGGUGCUGAAAUUAGCCUAAUAAUUUAUUCCUCUGAGCUCGAACCGUAACACUGAUACCACUUGUUGACACAGAGAUGGAAAAGAUCGAAUAUGAUGUGAUAGUUAUAGGAGGAGGAAUAAUGGGCAGCUGCGCGGCUUAUCAGUCAGCCAAACGCGGCCUAAGGACCCUCCUCCUGGAGCAGUUCGAUUUCUUGCACCACCGCGGCUCCUCCCAUGGCGAGUCCAGAACUAUCCGCGCAGCCUACACAGAGGACCAUUAUGCCAAGAUGGUCUUAGCCGCCGAGCUCCUGUGGCGCGAAGCCGAAGCCGAGAUUGGCUACAAGGUCUUCUUCAAGUCCCAGCAGUUAGACAUGGGCCCGGCGGACAACAAGGUGCUGCAAGCCGUCGUUUCCACCUGCCGGAAAACCUCCGUUCCGGUAAAAGUUUUGGACGCGAAACAGGUCAUGGACGAAUUCGCGGGCCGUUUUCAGUUACCGGAGGAUUGGGUCGGCGUGGUGACGGGGCUCGGCGGCGUCAUUAAGCCGACCAAAGCCGUUUCCAUGUUCCAGGCGCUGGCUGUCAAACACGGCGCCACUAUGAAAGACAACGUGGAAGUCAACGGCGUGGAGAGAGAGAACCUGACAGGUGGCAUUUCCGUUACCGCGAAAAGCGGGGAGAGAUUCUGGGGCAAAAAGUGCGUUAUAACGGCCGGUCCGUGGAUACGAAAGUUGGUGGCAGAUAUCACCGGUUCCCGGGUGGUGCUUCCGGUUCAACCGCUGGAGACGAACGCUUGCUAUUGGAGGAUCAAAGAGGGGCGCGAAGGAGAUUUCACCAUCGCAAACGGCUUCCCAACAUUUUCCAGCCACGGCGAGCCGCACGUGUACGGCACGCCGUCGCUUGAGUUCCCGGGACUGAUCAAAAUCAACUGGCAAGGAGGGCGUGAAUGCGACGCGGAAGGGCGCACCUUUGCGCCGUUGCCGAGUUCUUUGUGUUCAAUGAAACAAUGGAUAGAGGAACGAUUGGGGGGCCUGGUGGACUCGUCGGCGCCGGUGAUGUCGCAGUCAUGCAUGUACUCCAUGACGCCGGACGAGGACUACGUGAUCGAUUUCUUGGGUGGGGAGUUGGGCAAGGAUGUGGUAGUCGCCGGCGGAUUCUCCGGCCACGGCUUCAAAAUGGGGCCCUUAGUGGGUCAGAUAUUGGCGGAUCUCGUCUGGAGCGGGUCGGCCCCACACGACUUGUCUCACUUCAGGAUACAUAGGUUCCAGGAGGCAGGAGAACGAUGAAGGAAACGUGAAGGACUUUGCCGAUUAAUCGCUUGAUACCGAUUUAGCGUUUUAUAACGGCAUGAUCAUAAAUAUUCAACUUCGCUACCACCAAUAUGCGGCAAAGUGAAUAAGUUUGAUUAUCUUUAAAUAAAAUCUUGAAUAAAAAAGGUUUAAAUUGUUACGUUUUUAAUUAAAUGCCCAUUCAAGAAUAUCAGUAGUUAUAUUAUGAACUAGCAUGCAUGUGUGCACACAAGACAUUUGUGUUUUUUCUUC